CCUUCCCCCCUCCCCAACCCCUUUCACGCACUCAUUCUCCUCUUCCCCCCGCGCACGACGACCCCCAACCCGCCGUCUCCUUUGGGGAGGAAGAACAACGAGAAGAGGAGGGGAAAUUGAUGGCGAGCGGCAGUGGAAGCAAGGUCCUCGACAAGUCGUUGUCGAGGAAGAUGACGAGGCAGCCGUCAAUGGCGGACUUGCCUGAGGAGGAGGGCCCGCCGCCCCAGGACAGCGAGCUCGUUCCCUCCUCCCUGGCCUCCAUCGUCCCCAUUCUCCGUGUCGCGAACGAGAUCGAACGCGACAACCCUCGCGUCGCCUACCUCUGCCGCUUUCAUGCAUUUGAGAACGCCCACAAUUUGGAUCCUACAUCAAGCGGUCGUGGUGUCCGCCAAUUUAAAACAUAUCUCUUACAUAGGCUUGAAAAGGAUGAAAUGGAGACAAAGCGACAGCUCGCUGGAAACGAUCCAGGGGAAAUUCAAAAGUUCUAUCUGCAGUACUAUGAAAAUUUUGUUAAGGAAGGACCUGUCAAAAGAAAACCGGAGGAGAUGGUUAAGCACUAUCAGACAGCAUCGGUAUUAUAUGACGUGCUGCAAACUGUGGUACCCACAGGAAAAGUUGAUGCUGAGAUCGAUAGGUAUGCUAAAGAAGUUGAGAAAAAGAAAGUUCAUUUUGUACCCUAUAACAUUCUUCCUCUUCAUGUUUCUGGGCCUGCUCCGGCAGUUAUGGAACUUCCAGAGAUUAAAGCAGCAAUCAAUGAACUAAGCAACAUACAAAAUCUUCCAAUGCCCAGAGUACAGUCAACGUCUUUGAUGCCUGGAGAUGGGGAUAGAUCCAUUCAUGAUUUGCUUGACUGGCUUGGUCUAGUUUUCGGCUUUCAGAAAGGGAAUGUGGAGAAUCAAAGGGAGCACUUGAUUUUGUUACUGGCGAACAUUGACAUAAGAAAAAGGGAAGAGGAAGAAUACACACUGCUAAAAAGUGAUACAGUGACUGACUUACUGAAUAAAGUUUUCAAGAACUAUCAUUCAUGGUGUGCCUAUUUGCAUCGUAAGUCAAACAUCAAAUUUCCAAAUAAUGCCGAGACAAAACAGUUAGAUCUACUUUACAUUGGCUUAUAUUUUCUUAUAUGGGGAGAAGCUUCAAAUGUUCGGUUCAUGCCUGAGUGUCUUUGCUAUAUCUUCCACCGUAUGGCGGAAGAGCUAGAUAGAAUUAUAUCAGGUCAAGGACAUGUGGUUAGUGGAGGAUAUUUUGACACAGCAUACCACGGCGAGGAAUCAUUUUUGCAAAAAGUUGUGACUCCUAUCUAUCAGGUUAUGCACAAGGAAGUUCAGAGAAGCAAAGCUGGUACUGUUAGCCAUUCAAGAUGGAGAAACUACGAUGAUUUAAAUGAAUAUUUUUGGUCAAAUAAAUGCUUUAAAUUAGAUUGGCCGAUGAAGCUUGAUGCAGACUUUUUGGCCUCUUCAGAGGAUAUACAUCCUAAAACUGAGCACCGUGACCAAGUUGUUCGUGGACGGAGGAAGCCUAAAACAAAUUUUGUUGAAGUCCGUACAUUUUGGCAACUAUUUAGAAGUUUUGAUCGUAUGUGGAUAUUCUUCAUAUUGGCUUUCCAGGCCAUGUUGAUAAUUGCAUGGAGUCCAUCAGGAUCCCUUGCUGCAUUCUUUGACCCAGAUGUUUUUAGAAGUGUUUUGAGUAUCUUCAUAACUGCUGCAUUACUUAAUUUCCUGCAAGCUGCUUUGGAUAUAAUUCUUAGCUGGAAGGCAUGGGGAAACAUGGAAUACACUCAAAUAAUUCGGUACCUAUUAAAAUUUGCAGUAGCAACUGCAUGGAUAAUAAUUCUCCCAAUAGGCUACUCUAGCUCCGUGCAGAAUCCUACUGGACUUACUAAAUUCUUUAGCAAUUGGAUUGGCAAUUGGCGCAAUCAAUCACUGUACAGUGUUGCUGUUGUCAUAUAUAUGAUACCCAAUAUUUUGGCUGCAUUAUUAUUCAUGCUUCCACCAGUUCAGAGAGCCAUGGAGCGCUCCAAUUCGCAUAUAGUCAUUUUUCUUAUGUGGUGGGCACAGCCUAAACUAUAUGUGGGAAGAGGUAUGCAUGAGGACAUGUUCACACUUCUCAAGUACACUCUUUUCUGGAUUUUGUUGCUCAUUAGCAAGCUUGCAUUUAGUUACUAUGUUGAGAUAUACCCAUUAGUGGAACCGACCAAGAUAAUCAUGAAUUUGCGAGUUGGGAACUACGAAUGGCAUGAAUUUUUUCCUAAUUUACAACAUAAUAUUGGGGUCAUCAUAACCAUAUGGGCACCGAUUGUCCUGGUAUAUUUCAUGGAUGCACAAAUAUGGUACGCCAUUUUCUCCACUAUAUUUGGAGGUAUUCAUGGAGCAUUCAGCCACCUGGGUGAGAUACGGACACUGGGGAUGCUAAGGUCCAGAUUUGAGUCGGUGCCAGCAUAUUUUAGUGAACGCCUUGUUCCAGUUUCUGAGGAAUCAAUAAGAAGUGAGCAGGACGAGAAGGAUAGGAGGAACAUAGCAAAAUUCUCUCACGUUUGGAAUGCAUUCAUCUCCUCUUUACGGGAAGAGGACUUGCUUAACAAUUGGGAGUUGUCUCUGUUGCUUGUGCCAUAUUCUUCAGAUGACAUAUCUGUUGUGCAAUGGCCUCCUUUUCUUCUUGCUAGCAGGAUACCAAUUGCACUUGACAUGGCCAAGGAUUUCAAAGGGAAGGAUGAUGCAGAACUAAUAAAGAAGAUCGAGAAUGAUACCUACAUGUAUGCGGCAGUCAUAGAAUGUUACGAGUCAUUAAAAGAUUUACUUUAUAACUUUUUGAUUGAUGAGGGGGAUCAACGAGUUGUUGACAAGAUAUGUCAUAGUGUGGAGACCAGCAUACGGGGACAUAAUUUUUUAAAUAAUUUCCGGAUGAGUGAGCUGCCCCAGCUAAGCAAUAAAUUAGAGAAACUGCUAAACCUUUUGAAAAUUGUUCAUGAAGACAUCGAAGCCAAUAGGACUCAGAUCGUCAAUGUACUGCAGGAUAUAAUGGAGAUCAUUACACAGGACGUGAUGAUUAAGAAACAAGAAGAAAAACUUCCAGGGGAAAUUAGUGAAAAUGAGACUGAUAAAACAAAGCCAAAGUUUGCACAUAUAAAACUAGAACUAAUGGACGACGACUUGUGGAGGCAAAAGGUUCUUAGGCUUCAUUUGCUAUUAACUGUCAAGGAAUCUGCAAUAAAUGUGCCAAUGAAUUUGGAUGCUCGACGUCGCAUUACUUUCUUUGCAAAUUCCUUAUUCAUGAACAUGCCAUAUGCUCCAAAAAUUCGUAAAAUGCUCUCUUUCAGUGUCUUGACUCCAUAUUAUAAAGAAGACGUACUCUAUUCUGAAGAGGAACUCAAUAAAGAGAAUGAGGAUGGUAUAUCAAUUUUGUUUUAUCUUCGGAAGAUAUAUCCAGAUGAAUGGAAGAAUUUCUUGGAGCGCAUAAACUUGCCUUCUCCAAUGAGUGAAGAUUUACUCAAGGAAAAAAUGGAUGGCAUUCGUCACUGGGUAUCAUACAGAGGCCAGACACUUUCCAGGACAGUGAGAGGGAUGAUGUACUAUAGGAAGGCCCUUGUGCUACAGUCCUUCCUAGACAUGGUAGAUGAUGAGGCUAUACUGGGUGGCACCAAAACAAUUACACCACAAAAACCACGCAAGAACUCUCAUGAUCAAGAGGCUAUUGUGGAUAUAAAGUUCACUUAUGUUGUUUCUUGUCAGGUCUAUGGAAUGCAGAAAAAGUCCACGGAUGCUCGAGAUAGAAGUUGCUACCAAAACAUUCUUAACCUCAUGUUAACGUACCCAUCACUACGUGUUGCAUAUAUAGAUGAGAGAGAGGAAACAGUGAAUGGAAAAUUAGAGAAGUGCUAUUAUUCUGUUCUUGUUAAAGGUGGCAAUAAGUUGGAUGAGGAGAUUUACCGCAUCAAACUACCUGGAAAUCCUACGGCUAUUGGUGAAGGAAAACCUGAAAAUCAGAAUCAUGCCAUAAUUUUCACCAGAGGGGAAGCACUUCAAACUAUUGAUAUGAACCAGGAUAAUUACCUUGAAGAAGCUUUCAAAAUGAGAAAUGUUUUGGAGGAGUUGGAUAGUCAAGAUGGUCAGGAAAUACAGCCCGAUCAAGUGAGGCAAAUUCGACCUAGACAAAUUCGACCUAGACAAAGUCGACCUAGGAAAAGUCGACCUACAAUAUUGGGUCUUCGGGAGCAUAUUUUCACUGGAAGUGUUUCUUCUCUUGCGUGGUUCAUGUCCAACCAAGAGACCAGUUUUGUGACAAUUGGGCAACGAAUUUUGGCAAACCCUCUCAAGGUUCGUUUCCAUUAUGGUCAUCCUGAUAUUUUUGAUAGAAUCUUUCACCUCACGAGAGGUGGCAUAAGUAAAGCUUCAAAGAUCAUCAAUCUGAGUGAGGACAUAUUUGCAGGCUUCAAUUCAACUCUACGUGGGGGAAAUGUUACACAUCGUGAAUAUAUGCAAGUGGGUAAGGGACGUGAUGUGGGAAUGAAUCAAAUUUCUCUUUUUGAGGCAAAAGUGGCGAAUGGAAAUGGAGAACAAACAUUGAGUCGUGAUGUUUAUCGUUUGGGCCGAAGAUUUGACUUCUACAGGAUGUUGUCUUUCUACUUCACCACUGUGGGCUUCUACUUUAGUAGCAUGGUUACAGUACUUACUGUGUAUGUCUUCUUAUAUGGGCGCCUGUAUUUAGUCAUGAGCGGUCUGGAAAGGUCGAUUCUGGAGGAUCCAAGUGUUCAGAAUAGCAAGUCGCUUGAAAGUGCACUUGCUUCCCAAUCUGUUUUCCAACUUGGCUUGUUGCUGGUUCUGCCUAUGGUAAUGGAAAUCGGCUUAGAGAAGGGAUUUCGCCGAGCCCUGGGUGAAUUUAUAAUCAUGCAGCUGCAACUGGCCUCUGUUUUCUUUACCUUUCAGCUUGGAACCAAGGCUCACUAUUAUGGGAGAACAAUACUGCAUGGAGGUGCUAAAUAUAGACCAACAGGCCGUGGGUUUGUGGUGUUCCAUGCAAAAUUUGCUGAUAAUUAUCGGAUGUAUUCCCGCAGUCAUUUUGUUAAGGGGUUAGAGCUCAUGAUAUUGUUGGUGGUAUAUGAAGUCUAUGGGCGAUCAUACCGAAGUUCAACUUUAUACUUGUUUGUCACAGUUUCCAUGUGGUUCUUGGUUGCCUCAUGGUUGUUUGCGCCUUUUGUGUUCAAUCCCUCAGGAUUUGAGUGGCAGAAGACGGUCGACGACUGGACAGACUGGAAAAGGUGGAUGGGAAACCGUGGUGGAAUUGGCAUUCCAGUUGAGAGGAGUUGGGAAUCUUGGUGGCAGAGUGAACAAGAACACCUAAAAUACACAAGCAUCCGUGGCCGAGUGCUUGAAAUCAUCCUGGCCCUUCGCUUUUUGAUAUACCAGUAUGGAAUUGUUUACCACCUGAACAUAGCCCAUCACAGCAGGAGUGUGCUGGUAUACGCAUUAUCAUGGCUUGUUAUGUUGACCGUUCUUAUAGUUCUAAAGAUGGUUUCGAUGGGAAGGCAAAGAUUUGGUAUGGAUUUUCAGCUUAUGUUCCGAAUCCUCAAAGGCCUUCUCUUCCUCGGAUUUGUAUCUGUGAUGACCGUCUUAUUUGUGGUCUGUGGCCUCACAAUAUCUGACGUGUUUGCUGGGAUUCUUGGCUUCGUGCCGACUGGCUGGUCUAUUCUUCUGAUAGGGCAAGCAUGCAAAAACCUCGUGAGGAGGAUGGGAUUCUGGGACUCGAUCCAGGAGCUGGCAAGAGCGUAUGAAUAUACAAUGGGAAUCGUACUCUUCAUGCCCAUCGUUGUGUUAUCAUGGUUCCCCUUUGUUUCAGAAUUUCAGACGCGGUUGCUCUUCAAUCAAGCGUUCAGUCGCGGUCUGCAGAUCUCCAGGAUCCUUGCAGGGAGGAAGGAAAGCGAUACCAACCUCAGCUAAGGUUCCAUGGCCUGUUCACAGAAACUUCUCUCUACUUGAGCAUAUGAAUCAUAUUAUUCUCCCAAGUGUAACUGAUAGUCCUUUUUUUUUUUUUGCGCGCGCGCGCGCCUGUGUGUGUGUUUGCUCCUAGGACAUAGAUCACGACAUAACAGCAGCUAUAAAGUGGAACAGCUAAAUGCUUUGUUAAAGCCACCUCUCGUUCAAAGGUGGCAGUCGAGCAUGUAUCCGUUGAAAGCUAGAAUUCAUUCCUCGAUUGAUGGCAUGAAUGAUAAAUAUUAUGUUAUGUUAGCC